AUGAGCGACUCCAAUUCCCCUCCCCCCAGUGGCGGCAAAAAGCCAAAAUCUACCGGUGAAUACACUAAAUCGUCUGACCUCCCCGACGGCAACUACGACAUCUUCGUCAUCCCCCCACACUCCGCUGGUUCCGGGUUCCUAUACCUCCCGUCGCUACAAUGUCAGCGGAAUAGCUUUCUUGCCGGAUCCGCAAGUACGCUCCUGUUCGUAUUACUCUGGUCGAAUAUUUCGCCGGUCGUGAGGGGGUGGUAUGUUCUUAUGGUUACCGGUGGUGGGACCGGGAGUGUGGGGAGUGUGAUUGGGGUUAUGCUGGGGAUGGUUGUGGUUGGUGUGAUAGGAUGGGUUGCUGGGGCGUUACAAGCGGGUGGUGCAGGGAAGUGGCGGGAGAGGUGGGGACGGGAGAAGUCUGGUGGACGGGGGCCAGGUGAGUUUGGGGAUGCAGGGCCCGGUACAGAGGGCCAGUCUGCGGGAGGUGCAAGCGAUUCCAAGGGUCCUGGGGCUGGCGGCCAACAAGAGAACCAGCGCCAGCAACAGGGUCACGGCGGAAGCGGUAAAGGCUCCAACAAGAAAGGUAAACAACACAGUGCUGGUGCUGGUGAUGCAAACUCCGAAUCGGCCCCAAACGACAAUGACGAAGGAUCAAAAUAUGCCGAGUGGGAGAGAGCCCGCGACCAGGAGCGAGAAAAACGCAGAGAAAAGCAGCGUCGUGAAGAGAAGCGCCAGCAUGAGGAAGAACAGCGUCGCGAGCAGCUAAGGCGCGAAGAGCAACGCAAAGAAGAGCUCCGACGUGAAAAGGAGAAAAAGGACCAGGAGCAACGUCGGCGUGACGAACAAAGCUGGCGUGAAAAGGAGAAGCAAGAAGAAGAGCGACGCCGUCGUGAUGAGCAAAACCGAAAGGAAGAGGCUCGUGAAGAGGCAAGACGCAGGGAACAACUCCGCCAGACUCAAGAAGAGGCUCGCCGUCGCGAAGAGAAGCAGCAGAAGGAACAGGAGGAGCAUCGUCGUGAGGAAGAGAAGCGGAAGGAGGAGGCUCGGCAGGAGUCAAGAAUGAGAGAAGAGCUUCGUCGGCGUGAAGAAGAGGCUCGUCGUCGUGAAGAGGUAGAGCGUAAAGAGAAGAUUCGACGCGAGGAAAAGCAGAAAGAGGAGCUCCGCCGUCGUGAAGAGGAGAACCGGAAGGAAGAACAGCGUCGUCGUGAGGAACAAAGGCAAAAGGAAGAGAAGCAGAAGGAAGAGAUCCGCCAGCGUGAAGAAGAAAAACGCAAGGAAGAAGUUCGUCGUCGCCAGGAGGAAUGGCGCAAAGAGGCACUCCGGCGCAAAGAAGAGAGACAGAAAGAGGAAGCACGUCACGAGGAGGAAAAACGACAAGAAGAGAUCCGACGUGAGGAGGAAAGAAAACAAGAAGUACUCCGCCGUGAAGAAGAAAGGAAGAAAGAAGAAGCCCGAGUAGAGGCGGAACGGCGCAGACAGGAGAUCCGGCGGAAGAUGGAAGAAUACAAACGACAAAAGGAAGAAGCGGCACGAGAGAAACAAAGGCAACAAGAGCAUGAGGCGAUGGAGAAAGAGCUCAGAGAACGGAAAGAACAGUUCGAGAAAGAAAUGGCCGCAGUUCGAGAGGCCGCUGCAAAGGAGUCACGAGAGCGGGAAGCUGCUGAAGCUCGCGCCAAAGCUGAAUUGGAGGUUGCCGAAGCCCGAGCCCGUUCUGAGCGGGAAUCUGCAGAGGCAAAGGCCAAAGCAGAGAAAGAAGCCGCUGAAGCACGAGAACGAGAAGAGAAAGCUGCUGCUGCUGCCAAAGCUAAGGCUGAAAAGGAGGCUGCGAAGAAAGAGGCUGAUGCUAAAUUUGCAGCCCUUAAGGAAGCGGCCGCAAAAAAGUACGCAGAAAAGAAGGCCAAGGACGCUGCAGAGAAGAAAGCCAAAGAAGAGGCCGCAGCCAAAGAAGAGGCCGCAGCCAAAGAAGCCGCAGCCAAAGAAGCCGCAGCCAAAGAAGCCGCAGCCAAAGAAGAAGCAGCCAAAGAAGCCGCAGCUAAAGAAGAAGCAGCCAAAAAAGAGGCUGCGUCCAAAGCCAAUGCUUCGUCUUCCGACUCGGCACCCCCACCACCCCCUCCCCACCGCACCCCAUUACCAAAGAAGCCGGGCGAAGACGAUAAUCCAUAUGAACGACCCCGACGACCUUAUAAUGGGGGCGCUACAGGAUCCACUGCUUCUGAAUCCUCGUAUGCCCCUUCGCACUCAACGGCAAGGACCUCUCCUCCACCAUCGAGUCGAGGCGGCUACUCCCGUGGUGGUUACUCUACCAAAGAUCCAGACAAAAUUGUCAUCUCUGGGGUGUUCGCCUUUAACCACAACUUUGUCGACAUUCCAGUGGCACAGCUAGUCUCCGGCCAGGGAAUGGUGUCAGAUGGCCUGGUUCUGAAGAUCACCACGGAAGGACUGUUUAUCGACGACGAUAUCCGAGGUGUCCCUCAACGAGAAUGGGACGCCAAGGCAUGGACUAUGAAGUCCGUCGAGGUAUGGUGUUCUCAAUACGCGGCAUCUCCUCAAGCUCGCCAGAACCCUACAAAAUCAUCUAACCCUUUCCGCACUGGAUCUACGUUGCCUCCCACACCUGAAGAGUCGGAUGCGUAUCUUGUGGACGUGUUGCGGGUGUGUAAGAAUACUUGCCGUCUUGGGUCCGACAAUGGCAAUGACGAUGAUACACUGAACUUCGCGAAGCAUGGUCACCAUGUUCUCCGGGCGAGUUUCCGCGAGCAGGACGGCAAGAAUUAUGUCUUCGUUCUUGGCAAAAGUGAAGGGUGGAAAGUUGCUAUUGGGUUGCAGCGUCUGAGACGGGGAACGCAGAUCAGAUCGUUGAGUGUACUCAAUAUGACUGUUACUGACUGUCAGUCGGUCAUGGAGAACUUGGGAUAUGCCUGA